UCCGGACUCCUACCCCACCGCCGGCCACCCUGCGCCGGGUCCCUGCCGCCGCCGCCGCGCCCGCCGAUGGCUGGGAAGACGCUGUCGCUCCUGCCGCCGCUGCUGCUGGCUACUGCGGGUCUCGCCGGCCUCCUGCUCCUGUGCGUCCCCACCCGCGACGUCCGGGAGCCGCCCGCCCUCAAGUAUGGCAUCGUGUUCGACGCUGGCUCGUCACACACAUCCAUGUUUAUCUACAAGUGGCCGGCAGACAAAGAGAACGACACAGGCAUUGUGGGCCAGCACAGUUCCUGCGAUGUUCAGGGUGGGGGCAUCUCCAGCUAUGAAGACAACCCUUUGAAGGCAGGACAGAGCCUGGUGGAAUGCCUGGAACAGGCGCUUCGGGAAGUCCCCUCAGAGAGACAUAGUGGCACACCCCUGUACCUGGGCGCCACGGCAGGCAUGCGCCUGCUGAACCUAACCAAUCCGGAGGCCUCAGCCAGGGUCCUGGCUGCGGUGACACGGACGCUGACCCAGUACCCCUUUGACUUUCGGGGAGCACGCAUUCUUUCGGGCCAGGAUGAGGGCGUGUUUGGCUGGGUGACUGCCAACUAUCUUCUGGAGAACUUCAUCAAGUAUGGCUGGGUGGGCCGGUGGUUCCGGCCAAGGAAGGGGACCCUGGGGGCCAUGGACCUGGGAGGUGCAUCUACCCAGAUCACCUUCGAGACAACUAAGCCAGCUGAGGAUCCAGCCAACGAGGUCUACCUGCAGCUCUAUGGUCAGCACUACCGUGUCUAUACCCACAGCUUCCUGUGCUAUGGCCGAGACCAGGUCGUCCAGAGGUUGCUAGCCAGUGCCCUGCAGACCCAGGGCUCCCACCCUUGCUGGCCACAGGGUUAUUCCACCCAAGUACUGCUCGGGAAUGUGUACCGGUCACCCUGUACCUGGGCUCAGCGGCCCCAGGACUUCAACAGCAGCGCCAGGGUCACUGUGCAGGGCACUGGUGACCCUGAACUCUGCCGUGGCCUUGUCUUGGGGCUCUUCAACUUCUCCUCCUGCCGUUUCUCCCGAUGUUCCUUUGAUGGGGUCUUCCAGCCUCCUGUGGCUGGGAACUUCAUCGCCUUCUCUGCCUUCUACUACACUGUGGACUUCCUGAGGACUGUCAUGGGGCUGCCCACGGCCACACUGAGGCAGCUGGACACGGCUGCGGUGACCAUUUGCAACCAGACAUGGGCCGAGCUGCAGGCCCGAGCACCUGAGCACAAGGUCCGCCUGGCCGACUACUGCGCUGGGGCCAUGUUCGUGCACCAGCUGCUGAGCCGCGGCUAUGGCUUCGACGAGCGCGCAAUCAGUGGCGUGGCCUUCCAGAAGAAGGCAGCGGACACAGCCGUGGGCUGGGCGCUGGGCUACAUGCUGAAUCUCACCAACAUGAUCCCUGCCGAUCCGCCGGGCCUGCGCAAGGGCACCGCCUUCAGCUCCUGGGUGGUCCUGCUGCUACUCUUCGCUGCCUUGCUCCUGGCUGCGCUUGUCCUGCUGCUGCGCCGAUUGCGCUCUGCCAAGGCUCAGAACAUCAUCUAGGGUGCGGGGCGGGGUGGUGUGGACCUCACUCGCAGCACCUUACUCCGCAGUAACUGCCCCAGCACCCCGGGGGGGGGGACGGAACUCAGAUUGCCACCCACACCCACAGGGGUCCCAUGGGGGGCAAAGGAGACCCGCACCCCCUUUUCAGUCCCCCAGCGCCCCCAGCCCCGGCAACCGGGCUUCACCUUAACGCUUCUCUUUUUGAGCUGAGGGCCCCUCAGCCUGUGACUCAGAGCAGGGUCUCCAGGGAGUGGACCUGUGGCCCUUGAGGCCCCCCACGGUGUCCAGGCCUGUCCUGGGGAGGGUCAGAACCCAGGGCAGGGAGCCAGCCCAACGCCUACGUGUAAACGUUUUGUAAUAAAACAUCUUUCCUAGA